UAGCUAAAAUUCUCCCUGUUGGUUGGUUUUAGUGGUAGCAGAUUCAAGUGUACGCAAGCAAGAUGGGUUUUUCAAUUGUACUUAGAAAUGCACUCCAGGUCAUAGUGGACGACUCUGUGAUUCCUGCCAUCGAUGAGUUCAUCCACUGUAUUCCAGAAGGAGAGUGGGAAGAUCUGGCAUCUGGAUGUCCAGAUGAAAGCAUCAGAGAACGGAUAGCAGAUCUGGUGCACUACCUGACACAGGUCUGUUCAGAUGUGGUUUUGGACAUCAAGAACUUCCAAUACGACUACAGAGAUUUGAAAGCCAUAAUGGGCAACAUAAUUUCUCAGGCUUUCGCUCGAGUCCUGGGCAUCGAAGAGGACUUCCAGACAGAGAGUACGGAGAUAUUUAACAUCCUUUUCUUAAAACAUGUCAUCUCAGCAGCCACAUCUCCUUUGGACAAAGAAGACCCCUCACAGUGGCUGCAGGUGAGAGUAAGAUUCAAUUCUUUGAUCCAACACGUCACCAUCUUGAUCCAGGAACUUCUGGAAAUGAGGAGAAAAAUCGAAGAGCUGAGAAAGUCAAAACUUUCCUCAAAGAAAUUCUCAGGCAUUCCAGAGGAUGGAGUGUCUGAGGAAGACAGGAAAGACGCAGUUCGGCUUUUCGUGAAGCUCUUAAUGUCUAGAAGCAUCAAGAAGGCAAAGAUAUCGUGCUUUCCUGAUCACCUGGAAGCCACGGAAGAACGAAUUGUGGGGAAAAUCUGGACGAAGGUUGAGACACAGGAAUUUCAGAUUAAACAGAAAUGCAUUCCUAGUCUGUGCCACCAGGUUUUCAAGAGCAUCACUGAAACCAUAGGUUGCUCCGCUGGAAGGACGCUGGCUCUCAUCGAACAUAAUUUAGUCGACAACGUAGUUGUGUCAUGUUUUGAACAUGAACUGAAGAAGCACCAGAAAAAGAAACACAAUUCUUUCAGAAGAUUCUUUUCUCGUGCCAUGAAAACUUUGACACACAAUUUUACUAAAUAAGAGACCUGGAGAAGAACACCAAGAGGAGGUUGUUCCUCUGAAGAUAGCAGUGAGAGUACAAAUGAUUACACAUUUCAAGGCUCCAAUGCUAAGAAGUUAGAGGUAAUAUUUGGUACAUCUUUGACAUAAAUGUAUUUCCACCUGGAAAGACUCGCACACAGUGAAAGUAAGUUUACGAAGGAGGAGCAUGACAAGGUGACUGGCUGGACUGGUGAGAUGAAGAGUUUUCCAGUUUGAAUUUAUGCUCAGGCUUCAUUUUGACCAGCAGAGAGAAAGUGGCUAUUAGAAAGUUUAUUUGACAGAUGAUCUUUGGUGCUUGGACCCCGGCAGAAGACGUGUCUCUGGUAACCUCCGUCAGAGAGGAUGACCUGCCGCGGAGAAGGAUUAGAGACGUCUUUCCCCCUAAAAUCAAAUAAAAGAGGGGACCGGGACCGAGCUAAGGUCGGAAGAAAUAAAGAAUGCUUGAGAAGAUGACCAGGCAAAAAGACAAGCGUACCUGCAGAGAAGAAUAGGUAGAGACUGCUUGAGAAUCGAAAGGGAAGAAAUGGGCUGGAUGAGCCUGCAAAGGUGAAGGAAAGGACAGUAAGUGGGUGCCUGCAGAAUAAUAAAUAGUACGUGAAAAGCUGAGAUGAUGAUAAUGGCAAAGGGACAAUGAUGCCAUCGAGGGCAUAAGGAGGGUGCAUGUAGAGAUGUCAGUAGGGCAGUGUUUCUCGGUUCCAGUCCUCAGGCCCCUAUGCCCUGCAUGGUUUAGGUGUUUCCCUUCUGCCACACACAUGGAUUUAAUCUGUGGGCGAUUAACAGACUUCUGCAGUACUUGAUGGCUGCAGAAGAGGUCAUGAAAUCAUUUGGGUCAGCUGUUCUGGAACAGAGGCAGAUCUGGAACAUGCAGAGCGGCGGAGGGGCCUGGGGACUGGAAUUGAGAAGCACUGCACAAAAGUGACAUUAUAAU